CCCCUCCCUUCCCCGCCCCCGGCCUGGCUGUGGAUCAUGCCGCCCGUGGCGGCCCCGACUGCCGAGGGAGCGGCGGCCUAGGACAGUUGGCUGUUGGGUGACACUGGUUCCCCCCGCCCCGCCAGACGUUUAAGAGGCGCGUCCCCCGCCGCGUGACGGGGUGGGGAAAGAGGUAUCGUCUUUAUCAGAAAGUGAAGAAUCUCAGGACUCAUCUGAUAGCAUCGGCUCCUCACAGAAAGCCCACGGGAUCCUAGCCAGACGCCCAUCUUAUAGUUGCCAUUGCCCCCAAUGGAGCCUUACAGCUGGCCAGUCCAGGCACAGAUGGAGUACAGGGACUUCAGACACUAACCAUGACAAAUUCAGGCAGUGCUCAACAAGGUACAACAAUUCUCCAGUAUGCACAGACCUCUGAUGGACAGCAAAUACUUGUGCCCAGCAACCAGGUGGUUGUACAAACUGCCUCGGGAGAUAUGCAGACAUAUCAGAUUCGUACCACACCGUCAGCGGCUUCGCUGCCACAGACUGUGGUGAUGACAUCUCCUGUGAGUCUUACAUCUCCGACAACUAAGACAGAUGACCCUCAGUUGAAAAGAGAAAUAAGGUUGAUGAAAAACAGAGAAGCUGCUCGAGAAUGUCGCAGAAAGAAGAAAGAAUAUGUGAAAUGCCUGGAAAAUCGAGUUGCAGUCCUGGAAAAUCAAAAUAAAACUCUAAUAGAAGAGUUAAAAACUUUGAAGGAUCUUUAUUCCCAUAAAAGUGUUUGAUAUUUAAGAAAA